AUGGCGAAAAAGACAAAGGACGAAGCUCCCAACCCGAACAGCAUUAGCAACAGGGAUAUCCUACAGCGCCUGAAUUUCCUUUACCAAGCAGGCGUGUAUCUCAGCACUCUCCCCGGUGAGCCGUCUAGUCGUGCGACUCCCUCCUCUGGUCGUCCACAGAAGAGAAGCAAGAGAAAGAGAAAUGUCAAACACGAUGACAUACGAAAGUCGAGAGUAUCCUCAUUCGACCUGGCCCGGACAUACAUCGAUACGAUGAAAUCCGUCGGCCAGAGAACGGUCGUCAAAAUGGAUCCCUCUGUCAAAAGGACGCUUUGUAAAUCGUGCAACUCGGUUCUCAUACCGGGCACAUCGGCCACAGUGCGCGUUAAGUCGUCUUCGUCUCACGGCCAUAUCGUAACAUACACAUGUUCGACAUGCCAUACUUCACGUCGGAUACCGGCGCCCCCAGUGCUCCUAGCGGAACCGGGUAUCUCCUCACAAGAGCAGGGUGGAUCAAGCUCCCAACCAGGAGGAGAACAACCAGCUACCGGGGACGACCAAACUAUGAACGUCCUCCCAGAACGCGUACAGGAACAUGGCGAGUCAUCGCCCGCCAAGGGUAAGAAAGGACGCAGGACUGUGGCCCCUCGCUUGCCACCUUUCUUCGAAAGAGAUGUCGGACAUGUCGUAUUUCGCGGAAACGAGAAACUCGAAGAGAAAUCUCCGUAA